AUGUUCAUGCCAAGAGCCUCUGGCUGGAAAAGCUGGGUAGAUUCUCGUACUCAGGGAGCAAUGGGUCCACGGCUGACCUCGGCCUUAUGGCCGGCAGGUCUUCUCGUCGCUUCACUCCUUUGCUUUGCUCCAGGCUUCCUCUGCCCUAGUGGUCCCAGCGGUCCCAGCGUCAGCGGCCGAGCGGGGCAGCAACGUGUCUUGGCCUGGUCUUCAUCGAGGCCAAGUAGCCAGUUUGGUCCCGGGAGCAGCCAGACAGCUGUGCUGUUGGCAGCUGCGUGCCUAGCGGCAAGCACGUGCCGCAUUUUUAGGCGUGCACAAGACAGCAGGCCAGCAGCCUGUCACGUUGCCACUGUUGUCCCACAGGAUUCCGUGGCUGGUCUUGCGUUUGCUGGGGCCACCACAGUUGACAAGGUGACUUCAACUCGUGGAAAGGUGGCGCGGCGCAGCCUGUACAGCUGCUACACGCUCUACUUCCGUCGAUGGAGGUACUAUGAAGAUCGUGCUCGCCGCAAUCUUCGCAAUCGCGCGUACAACAUCUUCAUGAAGAAUAAGUACAAGAAGGCCAUGAAGAAGGUGCUCCGUUAUGGCAAUGAGCUAGAGUAUGGCGACUUGCAGCCGGCCAGUCAUGACGAAGUCAUGGAAGACGUCAAGGAGAUGAUGGACGAAGCGUGCGAGAUUAUCGAUGAGGUCACGGUUCAGGGAGUCAUUCAUCGCAACGCAGCUGCCAAGCGCAAGGACCGCAUGUUCCGUGCGAUUCUGCGUGGGUCCAUAAGGAAGGGCCUUCUCAAAAAGCCAGACGAAGGGGAUCCAGACUCGUUCUUGCCUGCCUACAAGAUCAUUGGCUACGAAAUCCCGGAGUGCAACUACGUCCGGGAGCCUCGUCCGUGGCAACUGCCUGGAUGGAAGUCCCCAUGGAUGCUGAAGUGGGAGUGGGAGAAGUGGAGGAAGUUGACUGGCCGAAAGUGA